GCCCCGCGGCCCGGAAGUGUUUCCUCUGGCAAGAUGGCGCGUGCUGGGGUCCUGUUGUGGAACCUACGUCGCCUGUGUCGAGUGCUGCUAUUCCUUUCGCAGUUCUACAUCCUCUCGGGCGGCGGAUCCUUCAGUGUAGAGCCUUCGCAGCCGCUGGCUCAGUCCGACAAGGAUCCGGGCCCCACACGUACGUUCACAGUAGUGCCCAGGGCAGCAGAAAGCACCGAUAUCCCACCUUAUAUGAUGAAGUGUCCGAGCAAUGGUUUGUGUAGCAAACUUCCCGCAGACUGUAUAGAGUGCAAGACCAAUUUCUCCUGUGUCUAUGGGAAGCCUGUCACUUUUGACUGCACAGUCAAACCUUCUGUUACCUGUGUUGAUCAAGACUUCAAAUCCCGAAAGAGCUUUGUCCUCAACAUGACUUGCAGGUUCUGCUGGCAGCUUCCGGAAACCGACUACGAGUGCUCCAGCUCCACCAGCUGCAUGGCGGUGUCCUGCCCGCGGCAGCGCUACACGGCCAACUGCACCGUGCGGGACCACGUCCACUGCCUGGGUAACCGUACUUUUCCGAAAAUGCUGUACUGCAACUGGACUGGCGGUUAUAAGUGGUCUACUGCUCUGGCUCUGAGGAAACUUAUCAGCGAGCUGUCGACACUAGCUGUCUCCAAUUCCUCUGCCAUUCCCUCUCCAAGGCUGUCCGGCUUCUUCCGCAGCACCUUCUUCACGGCCUCACCUGGGCUUCCUGCCUCGCCUCCACGGCUAGACACCCUCACCUCCCCAGGGAAGACCGGGGUUCCGUCCUGAGCCCUUUCCCACCAGCGCGUCCUCCUUGAUGGCCCGUUGGUCUCCUGGCCUUAAAUGUCAGGACCCCCAACACACGUCUCCCACCCGCCUCUCCUGCACGGCCCGGGCUUCCGGUUCUCAGCACCAAGUCUAAAAGCAGCUUGAGCCCAGCGUGUCAGCACGGAGCGUCCCAGUGCCCCGCUCCUCCUCAGUCUUACCCGCCAGGAAGUGGCAGCCCCACAGCACAGGCCACACAUCCGAGUCCCUUGGACUCCCCUCCUUCUGUACCCUAUUACUUGGAAGAGCACCUAUUGGGGGCCACCGUUCCCACCAUGACUGCAUGACCCUGGUCCCUGUCAUCACUGCCUCUGGAUUAUUGCAAACAACCCCCUUCUGAGUCCCUGCGUGACCCCUGCAGUCUCGCCUCAAUACAUAAAAGAGUGACCCUUUCAGACAGAGGCCAACGGGGUCCCCCACGGUCCCCUCCAGCCUCACGCAGAGACAGAGCCAAAGCCCCUGCAGUGAAGGAGGCCCCCUUGACCCAGCCCUGCUCCCUGGUGAUGGUGACGGCACCUCUGCCCACACCUCCCCGCCCGAUGUAUCCCCCCCUUCCUGAUCUCAGGGCCGAGCUGUCCCUGCCAGGGCUGCCUGCGCCUCCCCCUCAGUCCUCCUGGGUGUGCUCAGAUCUCACCAUCUUGGAGACACCCCAGCACACACACUUAUUUAAAUUGCAGCUUCCCUGGGGAUCACUUCCUGUCCUCUUUUCCUGCUUCAUUUUCCUCCUUAUCACAUUUCUCUCUGUGUGUAUUUUAUUUAACUGUCCUGUUUACGUCUGCCUUCCCCAUUAGACUGUAACAGAAUGUCCACUCCAUAAAAACAGAGCAGGUAUUGUGUCUGUUUUGCCCACCCUGCAUCCCCAGGGCCCAGAUCCGGGCUGGACCCAAAACCUCCCUCUGCCAGGGAGUGAACAGCUCAGAAUGUCAGCCCCACAGCAGUGUCGCCGGCCUCCCCCUGCCCAACCCCAUAGGAUGGAGCCAUCGGGUCGCACAUGUGGAAAAGUACCAUGCAGCUCAGGGUGGGUGCCCUGAAGAGCAAAGUUCGGGGUGUGCUGACCACCUGAGUCACACAGAACCAUCCACAGUGAGGGCUGUGAGGUGGGCCCGCUCUCACGGACGAGGAGAGAACUGACAAACACAGUGGACGGUCCAACAACCACUUCCAAAGAGAAAGUCUCCAAAGACACAGCAUUCAGGAGGCCCUUGGGCUUUUGCAAGGCCAACCAUCCCCCUGACCAGGAUGCAGACGUCACACAGGAAGUGAGGGACACGCACCGAGCCCAGUGGGGAGGGGACGGGACUGUGGCCCUACAGCACAGGCCAUGCGGCUGGCAAGUCGCUUCAACUCUCUGCACCUCUGUCUU